AGCUUAGUCGUUUUGGAACUUUUCACGCGUUUGCUGCCUCAGUCUUUCGUUCGUCUUUAUUCCCCCGCUCCACAAUGAAAUACGCCGUGAUUGCCAUCGCUUUGUUUGCGAUUACUGCCGCUUCGGCCUCUUCCGCUGGACAAUUCCUGCCCCGUGCCUUCUUCACCUUGGAUGCUCAGGGUCACCAGUCUGAUGUCCACCCAGUGAAUGCUCAUCUGCUGAGGCGCCUGCGUCGCCAGACCUACAGCUCGUCCUCCUCCUCAUCCUCCUCCUCCUCCUCUAGUGGAAAUGGCGGCACCGUCACCUUUGCCUCGCAUUCCGUUCAAAAUGCCGAUGGUUCCGGAUCCGCAGGCUCAUCUUACACUCAACAGGCGGCUGCUCCUGCUGCCGUAAGCUUUGAUAGCCGUUUCGGUGAGGACUCUGCAACCGGCAACUACAACAACAACGGUGCCUACAACAAUGGUGCCUAUAACAAUGGUGCUUACAACAACGGCGCCUAUAACGCUGGAGCAAACACCCCCGCCUAUAACACCGCCUCCUCGAUCAACACCAACACCGGAUACGGAAGCACCAGUAACUAUCAGCAGAGCUACGGAACUGGCGCCAUUCCCGCCACCCAAGUCCACCAGACCGUCACCACUAUCGAUGCCAAUGGCAACCAGAAGGUGACCACCAUCCAUGGAGCCACCGAUCAGUCCGGUGUCCUCAACCUCCAGAAGACCGAGGACAAUUACUCUGGUUAAGAAUCUUCUUAGAAUUUAGUGAUU